CCAUUUAUAUUGCUUUUUUCUUUUUCGUGUCUUUUUAUUAUUCACAAUCCAAAUUAGGAUAUUUGUGUUUGUUGUGCUGAGGUUUUGGUUUCACGAACAAAGAUUCUGAUGCUAUAUUGGAUCGAUUAUUAUUAUUAUUAUUAUUAAAUUGAAAAACAUGGGUGAGGUAGUAAGGAGAAGAGAGAAGGAAGAUGAGAAGUUGAGGGAAGAGGAAGAGAGUGGAGCUGAGAGUAGAGGUGGUGAAAUGAAAGGGCUUAUGAGGUGGGAGAAAUUUUUGCCGAGGAUGGUUUUGAGGGUGCUUUUGGUGGAAGCUGAUGAUUCCACAAGACAGAUUAUAACAGCACUUCUCAGAAAAUGUAACUAUAAAGUUGCUGCUGUUGCUGAUGGCUUGAAGGCAUGGGAAAUACUAAAGGGAAGACCAGGCAGUAUCGAUCUAAUACUUACAGAAGUCGAUUUGCCAUCCAUAUCUGGCUAUGCACUUCUCACAUUAAUUAUGGAGCAUGAUAGUUGCAAAAGCAUCCCUGUCAUAAUGAUGUCCUCGCAAGAUUCGGUCAGCACAGUAUACAAAUGCAUGUUGAGAGGUGCAGCUGACUAUCUUGUUAAGCCUAUUAGAAUAAAUGAACUGAGGAAUUUGUGGCAGCAUGUUUGGAGAAGACAAUCACAGUCAAACACCGGCGUAAAUGGACCUCAAGAUGAAAGUGAUGCACAGCAAAAGGUUGAAGCCACCGCUGAAAACAACGCUGCUAGUAAUCAUUCUGGCGGCGGUGCUGCUUGCAUUCAAAGAAAUAAGGAAUUAAUUGAGAAAGGAAGUGAUGCACAGAGCUCUUGUACAAAGCCCAACAUGGAAGCUGAGAGUGGCAGCCUGGUCGAUAUCGCACAGGAAUUUUCUCCGACGAAAUGUGCUGAAGCAUAUCCAAGUGGAAUACAGACACAUGAAGUUGACAUUCAAUUAGGCCAAGCAUCGACCCCGCAGGACAAUCACGAUAGAGGAUUAAGUGUGGCUAACUGCAAAAAUGGUGAGACAAACACAAAUAAUGACAAGGAUGGUGAUGAUCCUAGCAUCAGUGGUGAGGUUCAUGACAAUCAUUAUGAUCAAACUGACUCUUCUAAGGAAGCUAUUGAUUUGAUUGGAGCAUUUCGUAGUCGUCCAAAUUGCGGUCUCAAUAAUUCAUCAACUGAUUGCACAGGCAAAUUUGAAUAUUCUCCACAGCUUGAUCUUUCUCUGAGAAGCUCUCAUCACAGCAACUUUGAGAAGGAACUCAACGAAGAAAGGCAUACGCUUAUGCAUUCUAAUGCUUCAGCUUUCAAGCGGUAUACUAACAGACAAUUGCAAGCGUCACCUGCAGUAGUAUUAAACUUCCCUGAUCAACAAAGAGAACAAAAAAUAAAUAAUGAGAACCAUAUUGCAGCUGGUUGCAACUCAGAUAGUUCAAUACCAAGUAAGCAAAAAUGUAUUGUAUCUCCAGCCACAGCCCAAUCAAAAGAAUCCGAACUCGCAACUUCACAUUCCCAACAAGGGCAUUCUCUCCCAAUUCCUGUAAAAGGUGUAAGGUUCAAUGACCUAUGCAUGGCCUAUGGUUCUGCGCUUCCUCCAGGGUUUCGUACGCAGUCUGGUCCACCAUCAACGCCAGGUUCAGUUACGAUUCUUGAACCAAACUUUCAAGCAGAAGCAUUUUAUCAGUCAAAUGGUAAAGAAAAUAAUGCAGAACAACCUUAUGAACCUCGUCAUUCAAAUGGAAACAACGCCCGGAACCAAAUUGUCUACACACAGGAACACAAGUCAGAACAUGCAGAGGAUCAAAGACUUAUCUCCCCUACAACUGAUCAAAGCGUAUCAAGUAGUUUCUGUAAUGGAAAUGCAAGCCAUCUUAACAGCAUUGGUUAUGGAAGUAAUUGUGGAAGUAAUAGCAAUGUUGAACAAGUUGCUACUUUCAGAACAGCAACAGUUUCGGAGGGUAAGAAUGAAGAACUCACAAACAGCGGAUAUUCUCAUCGAUCUAUCCUAAGAGAAGCAGCACUAAACAAGUUCCGGUUGAAACGAAAAGAGAGAUGUUAUGAGAAAAAGGUUCGAUAUGAGAGCCGGAAGAAACUAGCAGAACAGCGUCCUAGAGUGAAAGGACAAUUCGUUCGACAAGUGAAUCCUGAAUCUAUUGCUGCAGAAAAAGAUGGAAAUGAAUACUGAUCAUUAGCAGAUAUGUGACUCAGUGGAGAGGAUAGCAUACUUUGUUGGCAUUAGUUGCUUCAAAAUUUUGUUUUCUUGACUCCUUAAAUACCACAAGUAUCACUUGAUCUGUAUAUGCUUUCUAAAACCAUUUUUCUCUUUUGCAUUUUCUCUAGGUCCUGAUGUAUAUUUAAUAAUAACCUGAUAUACUGUUGUAAUUUUAUACAGUUUUAUAGAGACCUUCGAGUGUGAUUGUUUGAUUUUUUUAAGGAAUUGUUUACUUACUAGGA